AUGGUCUGGAUCAAUAUUGAUGCCUUAUUUUUCAAUGCAGUUACAGAUGUAGAACUCAAGCGAUUGAAAGAUGCCUUCAAGAGAACCAGCGGACUGUCUAUUUACAUGACCCAACAAUGCUUUGUCAAGGAAGUACUCGGAGAUGGAGUUCCACUCAAAGUCGCAGAGGUGAUUUAUCAAUCGUUUGGUGGAACAUCGAAAGGCCUACAUUUUAAUAAUCUGAUCGUGGGGCUGGUCCUCCUGACAAGGGGAAGAGAUGAAGAAAAAGCAAAGUAUAUUUUUAAUCUCUUUGCCAAUGAGGCUGGGAGCUAUGUCGUGCGAGAGGAGAUGGAGACUAUGCUGCGUACCUGUGAUGGUGAGGUGCCGUUGGGACUUAAGAAAUGCUUUGCUGAGGGAGAGAAGGUCAAUUACGAGAAGUUCAAGAACUGGCUCCUUCAGAAUAAGGAUGCGUUCACAUUCGCUCGCUGGCUUCUCUCGGGGGGAGUUUGCGUUACCCUGACCGACGACAGUGAUACCCCCACCUUCUAUCAAACUCUGGCUGGAGUCACUCAUUUAGAAGAGUCUGACAUAAUUGACCUCGAGAAGCGCUACUGGCUCCUGAAGGCUCAGUCGAGAACCGGACGUUUUGAUUUAGAAACAUUUAUUCCGUUGGUUUCUCCACCCAUCCAUCUAUCUCUAAGUGAAGGUUUAUUCAGUGCUUUUGAUGAAAAUCGUGACAAUCACAUUGAUUUCAAAGAAAUCUCUUGCGGGCUUUCUGCCUGCUGUCGAGGGCCUGUUGCUGAACGGCAGAAAUUUUGCUUCAAGGUGUUCGAUACUGACCGCGACGGGGCCUUGUCUCGCACUGAACUAGAAGAAAUGGUAGUUGCACUUUUGGAAGUCUGGAAGGAUAACCGCACUGACAAAAUUCCCGAAUUGAGCAUGGCGACGCCUGACAUUGUAAAUUACAUCUUGAAGAAGCACGACACCACUAAACUGGGGCAACUAACCCUCGAGGACUACCAGAUAUGGAGCGUAAAGAGCGCUCUGGCCAAUGAAUUCCUCAAUCUCCUCUUCCAGGUAUGCCACAUCGUUCUUGGUCUUAGACCAGCCACCCCGGAAGAAGAAGGACAAAUUAUAAGUGGGUGGUUGGAAAGAGAAAGCAGGCAUGGCCUUCAACCUGGGCACAACUGGUUCCUGAUUUCAGUCCAGUGGUGGAAACAGUGGAAAGAGUAUGUAAAAUAUGAAACCAAGCCAGUGGUCAUCGAGCCAUCCUCCAUAAUGAAUGCAGUGAGGAGCCAGACGUUACUGCACUCCAUGGAUCAGGUUGAGGCUAAACCCGGAUUGCAGAAUUUCUUCACUGCUGCAGACGAGAAAUAUCUGGACAACAUCUCGAUUGCAUCUGAAGCAACUGAGAGCACAGGCACCAGUUUAUCCCCGCUGAGUCCGACUAGCACUGAGGUUUGCUUUGCACGGCAGCACAACAGUUCGGACAACAACCAGUGUUUCCUGGGGGCAAACGGGAAUAGUUUUUCACAGCUCGGUCCCCAGAAACCAGGAGCCAUUGAUAACCAGUGCCUUGUAAUGCAAGAAUCUGCAAAGGCUCCCACGUUAACCCUGGAAGGUGGACGUUUGAAACGAAGCCCAAAUUUGGUUCGAGGGAAGGACUAUGAGAUUGUGCCAGAGCCUGUGUGGAGGGCAUUGUAUCAUUGGUACGGAGCAAACCUGUCCCUACCACGGCCUGUCAUUAAAAACACCCAGAGUAACCUGGCCGAGCUGGAGUUGUUUCCUCGCUAUCUCCUCUUUUUGCGUCAGCAGCCAGCUACACGUACACAGCAAUCCAACAUCUGGGUGAAUAUGGGGAACGUACCCUCGCCAACGACCCCUCUGAAGCGAGUGCUCGCGUACACGGGCUGCUUCAGCCGUGUGCAGACCAUAAAAGACAUACACGAAUACCUGUCACAGCGGCUUCGAAUAAAGGAGGAGGACAUGCGACUGUGGCUGUACAACAGCGAGAACUAUCUUACACUACUUGACGACGAGGAGCACACGUUAGAGGAUUUAAAAAUUCCAGAUGAACAGCACUUAGUGAUUGAAGUUCGCAACAAAGACAUGAGUUGGCCGGAGGAGAUGUCAUUCAUUGCAAACAGUAGCAAAAUGGACAGACAUAAGGUUCCCACUGAAAAAGGUGCAACGGGGCUAAGUAACCUUGGGAACACGUGUUUUAUGAAUUCUAGUAUCCAGUGUGUCAGUAACACACAGCCACUCACCAAGUACUUUAUCUCAGGGAGACACCUUUAUGAACUCAACAGGGCCAACCCAUUGGGAAUGAAGGGUCAUAUGGCGAAGUGCUAUGGGGAUCUUAUCCAAGAAUUGUGGAGCGGUGCGCAAAAGAAUAUAGCUCCACUGAAACUCAGGUGGACGAUAGCAAAAUAUGCUCCCAGAUUCAACGGCUUUCAACAGCAGGACUCCCAGGAGCUUCUGGCGUUCUUGCUGGAUGGCCUUCAUGAAGACCUCAACCGAGUUCACGACAAGCCCUACGUGGAACUGAAAGAUAGUGACGGGCGGCCAGAUUAUGAGGUUGCAGCAGAGGCCUGGGAUAAUCACUUGAGGCGAAAUAAAUCAAUUGUGGUCGAUCUGUUUCAUGGGCAGCUCAAAUCACAAGUCAAAUGUAAAAUGUGCGGACACAUCAGCGCCCGGUUUGACCCGUUCAACUUCUUAUCCUUACCUCUGCCAAUGGACAGCUACAUGCACUUAGAAAUAACAGUCAUUAAGUUAGAUGGCUCCACUCCAGUUCGAUACGGCUUAAGGUUAAACAUGGAUGAAAAGUACACGGGUCUGAAGAAGCAGUUGAGCGAGCUGUGUGGACUGAAAGCAGAGCAAAUCUUGCUGGGAGAAGUUCAAAUCUCCAAUAUAAAAAAUUUUCCUCAGGAUAACCAGAAAGUGCGGCUGUCGUCGAAUGGCUUUCUGUGUGCGUUUGAGGUCCCUGUUCCAGGGUCACCAUGCUCUGCCACAUCGCCUGUAGAAACAGAUUCCUCCCCAGUGCCAUUUGUCAACGGAAGACAUAACCAAUCCUCAAAUGCAAAUCCGACAAAGCCAAACCUCAUUCCCAAUGGGAUUCCCAGCACUGUGGUGCCAGCUGGGACUGAGAAGAAUCUCUGUAAUGGAUUUCCUAACGGGUAUUUGCCAGGAGGGGGUGACAGCCCGUCGACGGGAUACAUUAUCGCAGUGCACAGAAAAAUGAUGCGCACAGAGUUGUACUUCCUGUCAGCCCAGAAGAUUCGGCCCAGCCUGUUUGGCAUGCCACUCAUCGUCCCGUGCACUGUUCACACCCGCAAGAAGGACCUGUACGAUGCCGUGUGGACGCAGGUUUCGCGGCUCGCCAGCCCUCUGCCACCUCAGGAAGCCAGUAACCACGCCCAGGACUGUGACGACAGUAUGGGCUACCAAUAUCCUUUCACGUUAAGAGUCGUUAACAAAGAUGGAAAUACGUGCGCUUGGUGUCCAUGGUACAGGUUUUGCAGAGGAUGUAAAGUGGACUGCAAUGAGGAGCGAACUGCUGUUGGGCCCGCGUACAUUGCCAUUGACUGGGAUCCGACUGCUCUCCAUCUCCGCUAUCAGACGUCGCAAGAGAGGAUCUGCGAGGAGCAUGAGAGUGUUGAGCAGAGUCGACGAGCUCAGGCUGAGCCCAUCAACCUGGACAGCUGUCUGCGGGCUUUCACCAACGAGGAGGAAUUGGGGGGCGACGAGCUUUAUUACUGCUCCAAGUGCAAAACUCUUCGACUGGCAACCAAGAAACUGGACCUCUGGAGGCUUCCACCAAUUUUGAUCAUUCACUUGAAAAGGUUCCAAUUUGUGAAUGGUCGCUGGAUUAAAUCGCAGAAGAUUGUGAAGUUCCCCAGGGAAGGCUUUGACCCCAGUGCCUUUCUGGUGCCGCGGUUACCAACUGGAAGUGAACCACAGACUGCGCUGGUGGACACCAAGAAACAGGACGUGAUCAGCUUGCAGGAAUCGGGGACGGGUGGAUCCAUCGGAAUAAACUUGAGCAUUCUCAAUAUUAAAGGAUCUCCAACGUCGGGACGGAAGAACCAUAACUCGAGCAAAAACAGCCCUUCAAACAGCCCCAAGCAGGGCAAAAACAGAGGGAGGCUCCGUCUGCCCCAACUCGGGAGCAAGAACAGACUGUCAAAUAGCAAAGAGAACUUGGACAGCAUCAAGGAGAACAAUGUGGACUUGGAUCACAUAUCGCAACUGAGGAACGCCCGUUCAGAUCAAACGAUAGAUGCCAACUACAUGUUGAACUGCUCUGUGGGGAACCACGAGGAGUCAUUGCAGGGCUGUGUAACGCAGGACACUGAGGUGGGGUUAGUAAAUGGAGUGCUUCAUGAAAAGGAGCAGAACCAUUUCAUCAAUUGCAGCGGUAACGGACAGUGUGAGACAAAAACAGGGAAAGACAUGGUUGCGGAUGACCAAAGAGCCCUUCUGAAGCCUAUGUAUAAUUUAUAUGCAAUUUCCUGCCAUUCAGGAAUUCUGGGAGGCGGCCACUAUGUUACAUACGCCAAAAACCCGAAUGACAAGUGGUACUGCUACAACGACAGCAGCUGUAAGGAGGUGCGUCCUGAUGAAAUUGACACCGACUCAGCCUACAUCCUUUUCUACGAGCAGCAAGGCGUGGACUACUCACAAUUCCUGCCGAAGACCGAGGGCAAGAAGAUGGCGGACACCAGCAGCAUGGACGAAGAUUUUGAAUCCGACUAUCGAAAAUACUGUAUUCUACAGUGAGCGUCGUUUCUCAAAACUCCAAGGGAUUGUAGGAACAAUGGUGUGACGACACAGCACACUGGGCGAGUCGAGAUUUCCAAGGGUCUCUGGCAGGUUUUCAGUGCAAGAUGUACCUUUUUUGCUUCUGCAAAUGACCUGUUAUGCGAUUUAUGAAGCACAAGAAAGAGAGAGAAGAAAACAAACUAUAAAAGUUAACUUUUUUUUUUUCCCCCUCCCCUCCUGUUUGCAAAGUGUAUCAGUAACCAAUGUGAGCCACUACCUCUGUUCUUAAACUCUUUGGGUUUCAAUGCAGUUGUGUUUGACGAGAUUAGAGCGAUGACAGAACGAGUGGGGGAGGGAAGGGGGGAGAAGCAAAGUUCAGCCCACCAAUGAUGUGGGCUCCAUCCAGUGCUAUAGCUCUACUCGAGAGCUAGAAAGACAAGUUGGAGGUUUUGCUCCCAUUUUCCCAUUGACCUUGGGUUGAGCAGCUCAUCAAGUAAGGUUUACAUUUGUUACUUUCUUUUAAACUUCUUCCUCAACUUAAAUAUUUGUUUUAAAUUGAGGGGAGGGGCGGGGAAGAAGAUGUGGUAGUGCUAAAUAUUAUAGAAUGUUGGACGGUGUUCCUGCAAAUCCCGUUGCCUCCGAAGUCAAAUCCUCCUUUAAAAAAAAAUCAGAGUGCGAGCUCGGAAACAUUCCCGACUGAAGAAGAACUGAGUGAAAAGGACGGAAGGUGAUGGUUUUGAAGGGGCUGUGUUUCAUGAUCUCCCCCCCCCACCCCUUUGAUGUUUGUUAAUUGACCCAUUCCCUUAAACCCUUCAACAAGGCAAAAAAUACACAAGUCACAAAUUGUUACUCUGGUCUUGGCAUUUUCUGUGCUUUUAUUAACACUUUCUAUUUAUUAUGAAUAUAGAUUAAACUAAUUAUAGGAUAAUACCCGGCUAAUAUUUCCCACUCUGCUGAAACAAAAGGAACAUUUCUUUCCUCCCCUGACCUCUCCCCUGAAGGUGUCCGUCUCCUUUUCUGGGGUAGGAUUCCAAGGGAGGCAAUUGCCCUCCAGUACUUUGCCCAAGGGGCUGUGAUUCAUGGCACAGCCUUGACUGUGAGUGUGGCCAGGCUAUUUGACCAUAUAGGACAUCGCAUCUGAGCCUGAUGUAUCCCGACAUCCACACACUUAACUGAGGGAAAUCUGUGGACAGCGAUCAGUGACAUUAGCUGAAUAUUUCUCUCUCUCCCCCCAUCCCCAAACUCGAUUGAAUCCUUUAACCACUAGGCUAACGUGGGAGCUUAGCAAACUCCUAUUAAAGGAUUUGCUAGUGCUAGUACUUGCCUGUGUUUUCUGCAACUGCUGUGCACCAUAUAAUUUUUCAAAUCUCUAUUCCGUUAGAAAUGCUAUUGGACACAUGACUUUGUUUUUUUUACUUUAAGAUCUGUUUGGGAUUUUUACUUUAACUACUUGAACUGCAAGAAAAAUAAAAACACACCUCUAACACAAUUGAUGCAUUUUAAAGCAGAAUUCUAUUUUUGUGUUUGUUCUGGCUUUAAAAAAAAAACCCCACCUUGUUAGCAGAUGACACGGGUGCCUUGUUGAUCUGUUUUAUUGUGUUCAAGGCUGGAGCAACAUUUGAUUUCCAGGGUUAGGUACUAAAAUCAAACAGCAUUUUGUUGUUUGAAGUCAUUGCAAUUCCCACCCAAUGUGAUUUUUAUUGAUAUCCUGCAACAUCCAACAUAUACUUCAGAAAGUCUUAAAUAUAUGUUCCUACAAGGACUACUAAACUCUUGUGUGGAAGGGGAAUGUUGCCAAGUGCAACCUAAUGUGCAAGCUGCCAUAUUCUUUUAUCAUCUCUCUUUUUUGUCACUCCGCCACAAUCUUUGUGCGAUGGACGUGUUGUGGAACGCCACAUGGAUUCCAAGGGUCAUGGCAAAAUGCUGCAGCUCGUUGCUUUGGUAUUGUAAACCAAUCGUGCCAUGCUUUUAUCGACACGGGAAAACAAUAAAACAUGCAGUAACGUUAUAGCAAAGAUCAUGCACUUAACAGCUGGGUAUUCUGACUAUACUGACAACCAGAUAAAACCUGGGAAAGAGCAAAAAAAAAAGUAGUUUAACUCGCGUUAAGUUGCGUUUGCACAAUCGUUCCCCUUCAUGUGUUGUAGACGAGUCAACAAAGCCUGGGUUUUCUGAUUGUGUGGGGAAAUGAAUAUUUUAAGCCAUCCUUCCCAACUGCAAUCCUAAACUAGAAGGGCAAGCAGUGCAAUUUACUGCUGUAUUGUGUGUUCUUAACGUCUAUUAUAGAUAUAAUGAUUGAAAAAUAUUCUUUUUUUAUUAAAUUAAAUCAUUAACUGCAGAAUUUAUUAAAUUAUCUGAGUAACUACAUUACAUCUUAUUUUGUAAAUUCUUGUAAAGAAAAAAACUAUUGACAUUGCACUGAAUCAAUUGGAAGAUUUUUAUGUACAUAAGUGCUUUGUAAAUAAUCCAAUGGCAGUGAUGUAUUGUAACACGAUCUGUAAAAACUGUACUGGUAAUUGUAUAUGGAGUGAACUUGUUUAUCUGUAACUAUUAAACAGAUGAAAUAAA